CUUACAACGUAUUUAGAAAAGUGAUAUAAAUCUUUGAUCCAUUCCAUUUAAUCGGCUUAAACGAUUAAUCUCCUAAAACCGUAUCUUUAACACUAUUAUGAUUUAUUUAACCCUUAUAUCUAUUGUUUUAUUACAAGUAUUUUGACACUGGUCUAGGGACCAUUUCUCUUCUAUAGUGGAAAUAUAAGGGAAUUGUUUAUACACCAAUAGUUUGUUUUAGGGGCAUAUUUAUAAAGAAAUAAAUUAUCUCACUGUCUUAUUUGGGAGGUAAUUGUUUUCAGAUAAAUGGAGCCUAGACGGCCAGAACUGGGGAAAGGACACUGGUCAAAAGUAAGAGAAAGUGUAGAUGAGGGUCGUUCAAGAAAGUCGUUGGCCAAGAAGGUGAACGACAAAUAUCAAAGGGCUUGCAAAGUUGCAAAGAAAUAUCCAUUAAAAUGUAUUGUUGACCAAUUUGAAAAUUCAACCUUUGACCUUACGGGGAAGAAAAUAGGCCAUGAACAUAUGAAACUUGCUGCCGUAGCGCUUUUAAGAAAUGAAUAUGUGAAUGCAUUGAAGUUGCGGGAUAAUAGUUUAGGAAACGAGGGAAUAUAUCAUGUAACAGAUAUGUUGACACAGAAUAUUUACAUCACACGACUUAACUUUGCAGAGAACAAUAUAGGCAUCCCCGGGUUAAAGGCAAUAGUACAGGCUGUAAUGGACAAUAUUCUCAUAGUAAGAUUAGAUGUCUCAGGAAAUGAAAUCACAGAUGAGGGUGCUAAGUGCCUUGCUGAACUAAUAGAGGCAAGAACGGGCUUGUUACGGUUACGGGCAAACCAUAAUUGUAUUAGUGAAUCGGGCGCUAUGGCAAUAGGGAAUGCAUUAGGUUCCCAAAUAAUGAAUCAAUUAGAGAAACUGGAUCUUAGCUGGAACCACAUCAGGGGGAAAGGUGCAAUAUCAAUAGCUCAUAGUUUAAAGACGAACAAUAGUCUACUGUCAUUAAAUGUAGCUUGGAAUGGUUUUGGUAAAGAGGGGGCUAAAGCUUUAGGAGAAGCUCUCCCAGAGAACAAGAAACUGAGUGUUUUAGAUAUUACUAAUAAUAGAAUCGAUGCUAACGGAAUGGCUAUGUUCAUGAUCGGACUGCGAACCAAUGAAACUCUUCAAACGUUAAAGCUUGGAAUGAAUCCAAUAAGCAGUGACGUAGCAAAGCAUCUACUCAUGAUCAUUGAAGCCAAUGAGAAAUGUGCUAUAACUCACUUAGAAAUGUCAGCGGUUGAGGGGGAAAUAAAACAUUUCCAUGUUAAUCACGGAAAAGUAGUGCGUAAUGUGCCUGAAAAACCUUAUGUUCCUCCGCCAUUACCACCACGUGAUCCGCUCGAGUUAAUGUUUGAAUUCAAAUAUGAGCACGGAUAUCGGACACUUGACCUCUUAAUGAGAAUGGACAAAGAUAAUAACAUGGUCGUUGAUAGGGAAGAAUUUAAAAAUGGAUUACUGGAGAUGGAAAUUGAAGCUGACGACGACCAAAUAGAUGAACUAAUGUCAAGACUUGAUACUAAUUCAGACGGGAGCAUAGACUAUAGUGAAUUUGUUCAAGGGGAGAAGGAAUACGGAUCAAGACAUAAAAGACAUAUGAACAUGCAGACCAUGACAAAAAUCCGCUCCUUGGCAAUGGCCAUGUUAAAACUAAGAAUGCAGAAGCAAAUAAAUGAAGUAGACACUAGAAGACAGAGCACCGUUCAAACAAAUCAAAAACCACAAAAUAAGACAUGACCAAGACAUUUUUGAAAUGUGUUUUUAAUGACGUUGUAAACAUAUGGGCAUUAUUGGAACACAGGAACAACAAACGAAUGAUGCCAUGGUUGCAUUAUUUUUCACAGGCAAUUUUGUUAAGGCAGAAAAUGGAAUGCGUAUUUUGGAACAUGCGCACAACACAUUAAAGUGGAUGGAUACCAGACUGUUUAUCAAUAUAAAUCAAAACAUUUAGAUAACAUUUUUGAAAAUCAAUGAAAAAUAGAAAAACACAUGAUUGCUAUUAUGAAUACAAAUUUGUUAUUUAAGAUAUUGUAUGUUUAAGUCAUUCUAGCAACAUACUAUUAUAUAGAAGUGAAAAGACCACAGUU